GAGAGUGGGUGUCAAGGGUGGGGAUGGUGCGUGGUUUCCUCGGGCUCGGCGUGGCUUGGCUGGUGGUCGUGCUGGUUGGCGGGCAGCGGGAGCGUGCUUUUAGGGGGCCGGGGUUUGCUGGGGUUACGUUGGCUACGGUGGUGGUGCAGCAUGUUGGGGCCGUGGUGGCGUCGGCGAAUGAUUAUGAAGACUUUUUGCUGCUGAUUCCUUCGGCGCCCUUUCGAGGGCCGCGUCGCUCGAGCUUGCGUCGGCAUCUGUUGACCAGCCCCCAGCUCAAGUAUUUUCGUGGUCAGUAUCGGUUUAUCCUGGAUGCCGAGCCCGCAGAGGCUUUGGCUGAUGCCCGCAAGGAGAAUCGCACCCAUGGUGACAUUUGGGUUUCAGACUCUCCGCCCGGCCUCUUCUUGGCCCAUCGCCUCCGGCACACCAUCCGCCUCGCUGUCGAGUCGGGCAUCCCCUUCAAGUUCCUCGUCAUCAGCGAUGACGAUGUGUUUUGGUGCAUACGGCAUCUCGCUCGGUUUUGGAAGGUUCUGGGCCAGCCUUGGCGCUUGGCUGGCUGGCCUCACUGCGAGGCGGGCUUUUGGCUCGACCAGCACGCCCUCAUCAUGGGCCGUGGCAUUGCCGAGGACAUUGUUGCCCGCUAUGACCAGCUGAUGUGCUGUCCUUACGGCGACAUUGCCCUACGCCACUGGCAGCUCACGUCGCCACACGUCUACGACUACUUGCCCAGCCACACAGCCUUUUAUCAUGAGUGGGUUCAUCGUACCCCCGUCAACACGAGUAUGCCGGACGUUUGCAACGACUACGUUGCCAUUCACUACGUCCACACCGAUGAAUACAUGGCCGAGCUCGCGCAGAACGCUGCCGAAUCUGCCAAGCGGCCAUUUGAUAUGACCCGGGCCCGCGCGCGCUGGACCAAUGAUUGUCCUGCCCCCGUGCAGGACAUUUCCGUCUCCCAGUACGAGCAAAUCCUCAAGUCUCGCUCACACCUACAUCAACUCUUCCCAUGCAACGCCAACGAGCGCUGGGGCCUGACAGAUGCCGCCUACACCGGCGGACUCUGACCACAGUAGUCACAAUAGGUGGCAAAGGCGGCUCUUCUUGAGUCUGCCCAAAGAAUUUUCUUGUCGGCCCCACGCGACUCGGGCCCUAGUCGACUCCUGUCCAGCAGUCGGGAUCCCAAAGAGGUCUUUUCGAGCCGCUGCGCGGCCAUUGGAUCUGGCUGUCUUCCCUGCCCCGGUUCCCAUGGGAAAGGGCAAUCCCGCUUAAGCGAUUUUAUCUGCCCCUGUGUUGUCACCACUUUGCCCGAUAAAUCUAUGAUGG